AUGAAAUCAAUAUUUUCAGAACCCACGUGUAGCCAGCCAUGUGAGAAUGGUGGAACCUGCGUCAGUGGAAGCUGUCAGUGUCUUAGUGGUUAUACAGGGAGCUUUUGUGAAUCAAGGGAACCCACGUGUAGCCAGCCAUGUGAGAAUGGUGGAACCUGCGUCAGUGGAAGCUGUCAGUGUCUUAGUGGUUAUACAGGGAGCUUUUGUGAAUCAAGGG